AUGUGCCAUAGCCCAAUCCGCAACGAGGCCAAUGUCAUCACCAUCACAAAUUCAGUGUUUGGGGGGUUAGCAAUUGUUGCAACCUUGAUUCGAAGUCUGGAGUUCCACAAGCAUUUUGGUCUAGAAGACAUUUUUGUGAUAUUUGGACUACUUUUCAGUGUUGGGAUGGGUAUACUGGAAUUUUUCAUGAUUGAUGCUGGUUACGGACGAGAUAUCUGGACAAUAUCUUUCUCAAAUAUCACCCUUAUCCUGAAGUAUAAUUGGAUCGUUGAGAUGCUCUAUGUUGGCGCGAUUACCUCCAUCAAGAUGGCCUUCCUCAGUCUCUAUCUCCAUAUUUUCCCGAAUUUCGGCCUUCGAAAUGCGAUAUACAUCGUGAUGGGAAUAGUGGUCGCUUAUUUCUUCGCCUUUUUCUUCGGAGUUUGUUUCAACUGUUUACCUGUGUCUUACAUCUGGACCUCCUGGGCAGGUGAAACAAAGGGUAGUUGUCUCAAUUUCAAUGCCUUUGGGAUUGCGUGCGCAGUGAUCAAUAUCGUUCUCGAUGUGAUUGUCAUGGCCUUGCCUCUCCACGAUAUCAUGAAGCUGAACCUUAGACCAAUGAAGAAGGUUUUGGUCAUGCUUAUGUUUUGCACGGGAUUUUUCAUCACCAUUGUAAGCAUCAUUCGCCUCAAGUCAGUGGUGACAUUUGCCCAUACAACCAAUGCAACCUAUGAUUUUGUACCGGUUGCAUACUGGUCACUCAUCGAAAGCUACACAGCAGUGUUCUGUGUCAACGACAACAAAACGGCCAAGGCAUGCACGGCCGCCAGGAACGAGAACCCGGACAUUAGAACAGUCGCCCAGUGGUUCUCUCGGCAUGAACGGACCAUCCAUAAUGCCGGAACUGACCGUGCAGCGUUGCUCUCGUGCAUGUUCCCUGAAAAACGAACGGACCGAGUAUACUGGCUGCAAGCCAUGCAGCUAUCAAGAAUUAUCGGCCGCUGCUUAGGUUUGGGAUCGUCGAGACUUUCCGAACUCAAUCGAUGGCAAACCCCUGGUGGUUCUGAUCUCGGAGGCUGUGUCGAAAUUGUCAUGCGGCAAGCCGAGAAUUACAUUCCGGUCGGCCAGGAGUUGUCGGUAGAAGAAAUCGAUCGUGCCAUGGCUAUGAUUGCAUCACGUUGCCGGUUCUCUGGUCCUAAUGUCCGCCGGAAUCGUACAGCUGUAGAUGUCGAUGAGACUCUAUCAAAACUGUACCGUCGAUCAAGUAGCCGUGAUGCCAAAUGGCUCACUCGCAUGAUUCUGAAAAGCUACUCUCCCAUUGUUUUCCCAGAAAGUUAUACCUUGAAGAAAUUCCACUUCCUUCUGCCACAAUUGCUCCAACUUCAGAAUUCCUUUGAUGGGGCAUUGGAGAUUCUGGCUUCCGAUCCAAUAAGCAACUUUCCUCCAAAUCCGGAUCCCCAAGCAGCCCGAAGUCUUAGCAUCAUUGCUUUACGACAUAUGCGCCCUCGUCCUGGCAUCAAGGUGGGACGACCUGAUUAUUACAAAGCCCGGAGUAUCAAACAUUGCCACCAAAUGGCCAACGGUCGGCGAAUGAGCAUUGAACGGAAAUACGAUGGUGAAUACUGUCAGAUCCACGUCGAUCUCUCUAACAAGUAUACCCCCAUUCAGAUUUUCUCUAAAAGUGGCAAGGAAUCUACCGCAGAUAAAGAUAAGAUUAUACCUGUGAUAGAAGAAUCACUUGGCAUUGGAUUACCUGACUGCAAAUUUACGCAACGCUGUAUCGUGGAGGGAGAAAUGCUUGUAUGGAAUGAUCAGACUUGCGAAUUGAUGGAUUUCAACAAAAUCCGGAGGUUUAUUCCACGAUCCGGCACAAUGCUUGGUGUUGAUAAUGAUUCUCCGCCGCAACCGUACGAGCACUUGAUGAUCAUGCUAUUUGACAUUCUCCUCCUCGAUAACGACGUAUGCCUUGCGAAGCCUCACCGGGAAAGACGAUUGCUUUUACAGAAAGUGGUGAAGACCAUCCCUGGCCGGGCGAAUCUCGCCCAUCAGGAAGUUCUAGACUUCAACCGCGUUGAUAGCUAUCACCGGCUCGAAAAGACCUUUGAGAAAGCGUUUACUCAACAUUGGGAAGGGUGUGUGUUGAAGGCUUCCGACGAGCCUUAUUUUCCGAUAUACUCCACUGGUGUCGAUACUAUGUUUGGGCGAUGGAUCAAACUCAAGAAAGAUUAUAUACCCGGUCUUGGAGACACAUUAGACCUGGCGUUGAUCGGAGGUAGCUACAACGCCCGGGAUGCUCCUGAUCUAAAGCAAAUAAAGAAGCUGAAAUGGACUCACUUUUUCGUUGGCUGUCUUCUAAACAAGGAUCGUGUCAAGCAAGGCGAUUCUUCGCCACAUUUCCGAGUGGUUGAUGUGAUUAACCGACACUGCAUGAGCAUUCAGAUCAUGCAAACCCUCAAUCAAAUGGGCGAAUUCUAUGCACGUGAACCUGAAUCAUUCGAAGGCUUCCAAGUUGAGUACGGGCACAGCAACCUGCCCGUUGCAACCACAUUCUUCAAGCAGCCUUUCAUCGUCGAAAUGCUGGGCAGUGGAUUUGAAAAGCCGUCCGGCGCGAGAUACUUCACGCUUCGAUUUCCUCGGAUUUUGAAGAUCCACUCAGACCGAACCCUAGAAGAAUGUACAUCGUUCCAGGAACUACUGCUUUCGGCAGAAGAUGCCCGGGCUGUGCCUGCGGAUGAACUUGAAGAACGUGAGAAAUGGUCAAAACGCCUCAAAAUUGCAAGUGGACUCGAUCAGUACAUUGUGCGAUCUCGAAGUCCAGAAGCUACUUGUUCAGACACCGACGACGAGACGAAUCCCUCGUCAUCCCAGGUUCCACCUGCUACCACUACUUCCGGGGAAAGCUCUACGGAUGUAUGCCCAUUGAUGGAAGGCCCGCAUGGUUAUUCAACAAGGCAAAACAGCCACAAUCGAUCAUCCAAUGAUCAUCCAAUGUCCCCUCUAGUCUACAUCGAUGAGACAAAACUUCACACUGGAGAUCGGAAUACUAUUCUUGAGACCAGUGUAAUCGUGAACGAGAACCUGUCGUCUCGUGGAAACACCAGCCAGAAGGAUGGAAAGGUUACAACGCAAGAAUCUUCGAGCUUUUUACAAAUAACCAGUUUCAUCUCCGCGCAUGAAGAGCAAUCCCAAGAAUCACACCAGGCGCAGGAACGGCUCUCGGGGAAGAUAUCGAUGCCUACAUCAUCCAAACAGAAACGCAAUAUUUCACCCCAAUCUCCUUUAACAACCAUUCCAAUAUGGGCGCCUGAAACCUCGCUGGGCAGCUUUACACUUCCCCAAAUUGAUGAACAUCCCAGCAAUGAUCGUCAAUCCUGUGAUUUGGAUGAAUUUGUUCGGUGUCUCUGCUCUAAUGAAUCUGCUUCCUCCCUCGAAAGAUCAAACCCCUAUGCUGCAUCACAGGGGACACGGUUUGGCAUUAUCCUGUUCGAUCCCAGAACAACUCGACUAGGCAAAGAAAUGCACCGUCUCGCCACGACUCUUUCCAGUUUCGUUCAUACUGCAACAAGGUCGAUCCCCUCCAUGGGAAGCAUAUUCUUUUUGGGCUCGAGCAUGUUGGAACGUGAUCUACGCCCCGGCGACCUUCGUUUCUGCCUGCGUGAUACGUGGAAAGAUAUUGGACGAGAUCAUUUCUAUGGUUGCCUUUCAUGGAAUCUCAGCAAGCGAUCUGAUGGUGCAUCCACCACAAGAAAGAAGCACUGCUCUCAACCAACCACCCCGUGGAUUGAGAUAACCUUCGACGAAACAGCCAUUGCUGUGUUGGGUGAGUAUACUUCGAUGGAACCCCUGGCUCAUGUUUUAUAUAAGUGA